AAUGUUCACCCAAUAAGACAUAUUUUGAUUGCAACAAAUUCGACUCUUGGUCUUCCCAAACGCCAGUACAAGUUAGCUGUCAAACGCUGGGUACUGAUCACUGGCCAUUUCAUCACCUUUGAUGGAAAAUUCUAUGACUUUGAUGGUCACUGUGAGUACGUGGCUUCUCAGGAUUACUGUGGUAACCAGCAAGGAACAUUUAGUGUGAUCACAGAGAACGUCCCCUGUGGAACAACAGGAGUUACCUGCUCCAAGGCCAUUAAAUUGUUUCUGGGGACCACAGAGCUGAAGCUGCAAGAAAAGCACAUCGAAAAAAUUGAGUGGAGUAAAAACAGCUCUAUAACAUAUUGGAUUCGUGGAACAGUUGGGUUGUACACAGUAAUUGAAGCCAGCAAUGGAGUGAUGCUCAUCUGGGAUAAGAAGACAACUAUUUUCAUCAAACUCAUGCCCUACCAUAAAGGGAAAGUCUGUGGCUUGUGUGGUAACUUUGAUAACAAAGCCAGCAAUGACUUCACAACAAGGAGUAUGGCUCAAGACACAGUCAGUGCCUUGACAUUUGGAAAUUCAUGGAAAAAGGAUCCCGCUUGCCCUGAUGUAGAGGGAGUCAUUGAGCCCUGUGAGCUGAAGCCACAUCGGAAAGCGUGGGCAGAGAAAGAGUGCAGCCUUAUCAAAAGUGAAGUUUUUAAAAUAUGUCAUCACAAGGUGAAUCCACAGCCAUACUACGAAGCCUGUGUACAUGAUGCCUGUGCCUGUGAUACUGGGGGAGACUGUGAAUGCUUCUGUACUGCAGUUGCUGCCUAUGCACAUGAAUGCAUCAAGGCUGAUGCAUGCGUCCACUGGAGAACUCCAGAUAUAUGCCCAAUCUUUUGUGAAUACUACAAUCCUAAUAAAGAUAUAUGUGAGUGGCACUAUGAGCCCUGUGGACGUGAUAUUUUAACUUGCAAGAUCCUCAAUCAAGGCAGCACCAACUUUUCAGUGUCAUUCUUAGAAGAGUGUUGUGUUUAUGAUGACAAAGAGUAUAAAGUAGGAGACAUCAUUGUUAACAAAACUAAUCAAUGUGUGUACCUAAUAUGCACACUAAAUGGCACCAUGGAAAUUAAACAUGAUGGAUGCGAAGUUUCCUCUUCUACAACCAUUUCCAGCACUGUUACUACAACCACUGCCGCCACCACCACUACUACCAGCCCAAUCCCUACUACAACAGUUUCAAUUACAAGCAUUUCUACUACAGGUUCAA